CGACCUUCAACUUUGAUUCCUGAUGAAAUUUUAUGAUUUUACGAAAUUUUCUGGUUUAACGACUCAUCAAGUGAAUAAAGUACACGUAUACAUAUUUAAAGUUGUAUAUAUAUACGCCAAGAGCUGAUAUUCCCAAAGAUCGAUGUACAACUGACACUGCCACAACUGUUGAACGAUACAGCAAACAUCAACCAUCGAAGGAUCAAUCAGCUGAACUCCCAAGCAACAAUAUGGCCACUGGAGGUGCAGCAAAUAUUGCAGGGAUGGCAUUUAUCCCAUACUACCGUCACAUCAUGGAACUAUUGGAAGUAAACCAGGACUUAAAGCAUACUGCUAAAGGGAUAUUCAAGCAGAUGGCAUGUGCUGCAGGGGGCGCUGCAGUAGGUGGCGUUGUUAUGGGGCCAGUAGGGGCACUUGUAGGAGGAAUAGCAGGCUCAGUGUAUGGAUACUGCAAUGUAGAAACAUAUGACUCCAUGGUAACCAUUAUCAGGAACUUAUCUGAUUAUGAGAAGAAAGAACUAGUGAGAAAAGUUCAAGAAUUAGUAGGAAGUAGUGGACUGGAGGCAUUAACAACAUUUGUAGGGCAACAAGUCAAUAGAGAAAUAUUACUGAAUGUGGUGCGUCAGUUUGCAAAUGAAGCCAGUAAGAAAGGAGGAUAAAUUGCCUAGGAUGAGAUAUUUUUAUUAUAAAAGUGUCAUGACUCAGUACAGGACACACAUAUGGAACCCAUAUAGUUGGGCAUAGCCAGGGGGUGCAAUUUUGUAAAAUUUGUUGAAAAAUCAUAAUUUGAAAUGCUUAGAAUGGACCAUAAACAAUGUUGAUUUAGAAAAAUUCUUGUAUCCCCUUUUGGGUCUUGCUUCGCUUGGAGUGAUGCAAACCCAAAAAUUCGCACCCUCAUUGAUAAUUGCUGGCUACGCCCUGAUAUAGUUAUUGUUAUCACUAGCUGUAGUGUGGAUAUGGUGCUAUUUAGGCUUUACACAUUAUGCUUAUCACAUCAGAUGCACAAGAUUUUACUUUUGCUCUCAAUUGAUUUUUAACAUGUAGGCCAGUUAAAAUAUUUUUCUAGAAUCAGUUCUUAGGAAAGGCAAUUAAUGUUCACUUCAAUUUUGAUCAUUGGUUUUGUUACAUUCCUUCUGAUCUUGCUAGAUUUUAAACAAAACCAGGUACGUUGUGCUUCUUGCAGCCUACACAAUCAGUUCAAGUAGCCUAAUUUUGGGGUAGAAUUAUUCUUAGGCUAGAGUGGAUAAACCCAGUACUUAUUGAACCAGUACGGUUAAACUGAUUAAAAUUCAGGAAAAAUAGAUAUAGCAAUUCAUUAUAUUAUACAUUUCAU